GGUGACGCUGUGUUGUAGUCUGUCAGCUGUUCGCUCAGGAGCUGGGUGGUGUUGGUUUCCUCCUCUUAUAAUAAGUGUAGCCAGAGUAUUCCAGGAUGGAUAUCCGCGGGGCUGUGGACGCUGCAGUCCCCACCAACAUCAUUGCUGCAAAGGCGGCUGAGGUUCGGGCCAAUCUGGUCAACUGGCAGUCUUACCUACAGAGUCAGAUGAUCUCUGCUGAGGACUGUGAGUUCAUCAAGAAGUUUGAGGUGGCCAAUUCUGAGGAAAAACAAGUCAUUCUCACCAAUGAAGGACAUCAGUGUGCAAAGACCUUUCUGAACCUGAUGGCUCACAUCUCCAAGGAGCAGACAGUCCAGUACAUCUUGACUCUGAUUGAUGACACUCUGCAGGAGAAUCAUCAGAGGGUGAACAUCUUCUUCGACUAUGCAAAAAAGACGAAGAAUACCGCCUGGUCCUACUUCCUUCCUAUGCUGAAUCGUCAGGACCUCUUUACCGUCCAUAUGGCAGCGAGGAUCAUUGCCAAGCUGGCUGCCUGGGGCCGUGAUCUCAUGGAGGGAAGCGAUCUCAACUACUACUUCAACUGGAUAAAAAGCCAGCUCAGUUCACAGAACCUACAUGGUACAGGUCCAGAAACAGGCUCAGGAGCAGGAACUAUUUCUCCUAGUGAAAGCUCUCAGUAUGUCCAGUGUGUGGCUGGCUGCCUUCAGCUGAUGCUGAGGGUCAAUGAGUAUAGGUUUGCCUGGGUGGAGGCUGAUGGAGUGAACUGUAUAACAGCGGUCCUGAGCAACAAGUGUGGCUUCCAGCUCCAGUACCAGAUGAUCUUCUGUGUUUGGCUCCUGGCCUUCAGUCCUCAACUCUGCGAGCAGUUGAGACGCUACAACGUAGUGCCGGCUCUGUCUGACAUCCUCCAGGAGUCUGUCAAGGAGAAGGUCACUCGAAUCAUUCUGGCUGCCUUCCGGAACCUUCUAGAGAAAUCUGCUGAGAGGGAGACUCGUCAGGAGUACGCUCUGGCCAUGAUUCAGUGCAAGGUGCUGAAGCAGCUUGAGAACCUGGAGCAGCAGAAGUACGAUGACGAGGACAUCACCGAGGAUAUCAAGUUCCUGCUGGAGAGGCUGGGAGAGAGUGUGCAGGAUCUUAGCUCAUUUGAUGAGUACAGCUCUGAACUCAAGUCUGGCCGCCUGGAGUGGAGCCCUGUGCACAAGUCUGAGAAGUUCUGGCGCGAGAACGCUGUCCGCCUGAACGAGAAGAACUAUGAGCUCCUGAAGAUCUUAACUAGGCUCUUGGAAGUGUCUGAUGACCCUCAAGUCAUAGCAGUGGCAGCUCAUGAUGUUGGAGAGUACGUGCGUCACUACCCACGAGGCAAACGAGUGAUUGAGCAACUGGGUGGUAAACAGCUGGUGAUGAAUCACAUGCACCACGAGGACCAGCUAGUCCGCUACAACGCUCUGUUGGCUGUGCAGAAGCUCAUGGUCCACAACUGGGAGUACCUGGGAAGACAACUCCAGUCCACCGAUCAGCAGCAAGCACCAGCUGUGGCGGCUCGAAGCUGAACUGUCCCCGUGCAUGUGUGUGUUUGUGUAUUACUGUGUGGAUGAGCGUGUACUGUACGGACAUUUUAAUUAUCAGCUGUUCAUUUCUGUGCAACUACUUGAAAAUCAAAACGGUGUGGUUUCCUCUUCCGUCUGCACCCCAAAUUACUCUCGAUGUGACUUUGAUUUGAUCGUCGUGCUACGUGUCGUGACCUCUCGGCUAAAGUGAUGUGUGGUGAUUGAAAUCGCACUUUAUGUCUGUGAUAAUGUACAAAAUUCCAAGUUAUUUAAGUCUUACCUGUAAAACAUUGUAUGUAACCCAAUAAAGAUGCUUAUCUAUGGUG